CCAGGGUUGCUAUGGCGACGGCGGCGCUGCUCCCCGCGCAUGCGCGGCCAUUGCGACGGCUUCCGGUGGACCCGGGGAGGCGGCGGCGUCGCGAUGGAGCGGUUGGGGUCGGGGUCUGUGAGCGCCGUGCCUGUGGCCGAGUUCAGGCCAAAUGAGGGUUCGUUAACAUCAACUUUAAGAACACUUCUGUUCUUCUCAGCUCUAAUGAUUACAUUACCUGUUGGGCUAUAUUUUUCAUCAAAGGCUUAUGUAUUUGAAGGUUCCUUGGGAAUGUCUGACAGAGACAGCUAUUUUUAUGCUGCCAUAGUUGCUGUAGUCACUGUCCAUGUGGUACUUGCUCUCUUUGUUUAUGUAGCCUGGAAUGAGGGUUCGCGACAGUGGCGCGAAGGCAAACAGGACUAAAAUGAAGAUCAUCAGUGUCUGAUGUCCACAGACUGUAAAUCAGAUUUUUUGUGAGCUGAAGGAAAAGCAUUCUUCCAAAUGUGUAAUACAUAUGCACAAAGAGGAGGCUAAUGCCUCAGUUGUGGUUAAAAAAAAGACUUGUGCUCAUCUUGACUGUGUACUGGUGUUUUCUGUAAUGGUGAUGGAAGUUGUUUUUAGCCAGCUUCUACUAUGUUGAGCUGAGGAGGCCUUCGUUUCAAUUAAAGUGGAAAAAUUAUGUACUUUUGAAAACUCCUGUAGGUACUUUUGCCAUGCCUAGUAUUUUUCUGGGUUGCUCUGAAAAUAAUAUUGGCAUGAAGCAAGCAUUACAUUUUCUAGGAAUUAAAUUGCUGCUUUAAAAAGCUACAUUACUUACUAUCCAGCUACAGUGGAAAAUAUGGAAUUACACUUUGCUGUGAAUAGUUUCCUGAUUUAUAUGUGUUGUGGUUUAACCCCAGCCAGCAAUUGAGCACCAUGCAGCUGCUCACUCAGUGUGAACCCCUCGAUGGGAAUGAGUGGGGGAAUCAGGAAAGCAAAAUGAGAAAACUCAGGGGUCAAGAUAAAGACAGCUUAAUAUGUAAAGCAAAAGCUGCAUGCAUAAGUGUGUUGGUUUUCACUACAAAUUCAAACCAUAUCCCCAUGGUAGCUAUUAGGAAGAAAACUACCUCUAUCCCUGCCCAAACCAACGCAGUGGGAUAGGCAUAAUUAAUCUAUUUCUGUGUUUAGAAGUAAUUUCAAAACCAGAAUUGUUUAGAAACUCAGGUGAUAUCUUUCUAAUGUGAAAGAUGUAAAUGUAAUUUUUUUUCAAAUACAUUUUUUAUUGCAGUGUAAAAUUCAAUCUUUAAUUUCCUUUUGGGAGGACUGUGAUAUUACGCAUUGCUCAUCUUUCUCCUCUUCUACAGUUUAUCCUGAUAAUGCAAAGGAAAGGACAUAGCAUCUUUUUUUGUAUGUCUUUAGACUGGUUUGUAUCUCUUUGAUGCUUGCUAAAGUGUGCAGUUGGAUUUCCUAUGGUAAAGCAGUGUUAGUAACAGUAUAAUCUGCUGUAGUGGCUGGUAGAGAAA